GGGUCGGUUUGGCAUAACGGUCUCUUUACACCAGACUUUUAGCUAUAUCAACACAUACAUAUAUACACACUCACACUGAUAUAUCUAUAUAUUUAGGUAUAUUUGGUCAUGCUCUAAAAGUAAACAACAACAAAAGAAAUAAACUCCAAGUGAGGUGCCAUGAAAGAAAGCAAAAGUCUAUAUGAAAAUGGAAUGAUGCCAUCCUUAGCAUUCUAAUCUAAAAUCAACGAAUUGUAACAAAUCAGACAAAAAAGAAAGUUAACCCACCGUGCCCCACUCAAACACCACAAACCUGCACCCUUACACACUUACACACACACACACAAAUACACACUGCCCCCCAUAUAACUGUCUUUAUCGCUUGUCGUGGUUGCUGUGGUUCCUGCUGUGGUGGUUUCUCUGCCAAUUUGCAUUGAUGAACUGGUCUCGCGACGUGCAUAACAAAGAUAAACCACCAUAUCCCAAUAAUCAAAACCCCAAAGAACUGCCUCUCUAUAUACCUUUACCUUUGAAGUCCUCCGCUUCGCUUGUGGUGUAAGUGUUUUUUGUGUUUUUUGGCCCAGAAGUGUGAAGAAAGGCAACAGCAAAAAGAAAAAAAAAUAUAAAAACGCGCAAAAUAAAUAUUAAAAGCAAAACGUGCGUGGAUUAGAAAGCAUCGACGGCGAUCCAUUGAACUUUAGCAGCCGGCAGCUGCAGGAGACCGGGAAUCAGACGUUGCUGCCAGCAGACGACGGCGUCUGGCGCCGGAACUGUCUAGCGGCAGCCACAACAAAUAUAUACAUACUGCCAUGCCCGGCCAAGGCAGAGGAAAACAAGGUGGCAGCGGCGGCGGACCUGUAGCUGGAGCUAGAGCCAUGCAUGCAACAUUCAAUAUGCUGGUGCUGAGCUGGAUUAUAAUCUCCGACUUAUUGCUCAGUGUCCAUUGCUUAAAGGACCUGAAAAUAUUCGUACCGGAGGCUGUCAUAAUGGGCAAUGCAGCGACAUUGUCUUGUCAAUAUGAUUUGGAGCAGGCGGCACUAUAUUCUGUACGCUGGUACUUUGGUCAGGAGGAGUUCUAUCGCUAUGUACCACGCGAGGCCAAGCCCACAUUUGUCUUUGCCGUGGCUGGCAUUAAUGUUGAUUUAUCCAAUUCGGAUGCCACAUCCGUCACACUGAAGGGCGUCACUCGGGAGCUAAGCGGCAUCUAUCAAUGUGAGGUAUCAGAAGAUGCACCACUCUUUCACACAGACAUACGUUCGGCCCAUAUGCAAGUGAUUGAAUUGCCCAAAGAUGAUCCCGUUAUGCAGGUGGACAAGAAGGUGAUUGGUGUGAAUGACAACUUUAAGGCAGUGUGCACAGUGGGACCAUCAUAUCCGCCGGCGAAUAUUACCUGGUACAUCAACGGACGCAAGGUUUAUAAGACACCGUUACAGCGUAUCACACAGGAUGCUUUUGAAGGUUCGACUACAUACUCCUCGCUGGAAAUCUAUCCGCACAGUCAGGUGCUGCAGGGUUUCUUUCAGGCCAUGCCCAAAUAUCAUCCAAGUAUAUUGCUGCUUUGUGAGGUAUCCAUACUCCAUGUGUUCACAAAGAAUGUCCAGCAACGCAUAGGACUAAGCAAUGCGCCGUCAACAACCAUUUCACCCAAUUUACUGGGCCUCGAAGGCUCCAAGCGUUAUGUCAACGGUGAUCCGGACAAUUCAGCCCUGACGGGUGCCUCUCAAUGCACCUGCUGCACUGGUGCUUUAGGCCUUCUCACAUUGACACUGGCCACCCUGGCGUUAGCUCAUCUGUGACCACCACAUGUGGCGGCACAAGCAGAGGCAUAAACAAAAACAUCGGGAAGCGAAAUGGCAACAUGCAGCGUGACAUCCAGCCAGGCUCGAGUACACUCAUAUAAAGUGUAAUUAAAACAUAACACAAAACCGAAAACCAAAAAAAAACAAAAA